GUAGAGACAGGGUUUUGCCAUGUUGGCCAGGCUGGUCUCGAACUUCUGAGCUCAAGUGACGAGGCCACUGGCCUCGACCUCCCGAAGUGCUGGGAUUACAGGCAUGAGCCACUGUGCCUGGCCCCUUUGCUGAUUUUUAAUCCGCAUCCAAGCUGUAACUGUGAAUACAACAGCUUUUUUGAGUUCUGCAAGUCUUUGCAGCAAAUCGUCAUACCUGAGUGUGUCUUGGGGACUCCCCGACACAUCUUCCCACUCCCUCUUCUCUCUUCUCACUUCCUCUGGAGUAAACUGAAAGAGGCCCCUGCUUGCCUCUUGCAAGGCAGUUCUGAACACACUGAGAUCAUUUGUGAUCUCAUAUCCUCUUCUAAGCAAUUCAUCAAGAAAUUUCUUUCAAAUAAACCCAGUGCUCUUCAUGGAGGUGAUGCUGGUGAAAAUGACUUUCUCCAGCUUAUUACACAUUUGCAGAAGCUCCUGUUUAAGAGUUUGAGCAUGUAUGUGUGUGUGCCUAUACACCAGCAUAUACAUGCAUGCCCACGGCUGUCAUGCCUUCACCAGAACCAGGACGAGGAUUCUAUUGCCAGAAUUAAAGAAUGAUUUCCACAUAUUAUAAGGUCAGUGAAAGUACACUGAAAAAUACACCUGCCAGCAUGCCUAUGCGUGGCCUCUCUGCAAAUAAGAUGAAGGUCCCUUCACCACCUGCUUGCACUGCUAAUGGCCCUGUAGAUUCCACUGGAUGGAUUUGUAAUUUUCUCAACCAUUUCCCCUAAUGCUGGAUAUUUGGGUUGUUUCCAACAUUUUUACUCUUCCAAAUAAGGCACCCAUAAUGAUUCUUGCAGAGUAAUCAUUAGGCUCUUCUAUAAUUAUCUAAUUAUCCUUUUUUUUUUUUUUUUUUUUCUGAGACAGGGUCUU